AUGGUCGCCAAGUUGUUAGCGGUCGGUAUUUCAAUCACCCUCCUUCGCCUGCCUAUUCCACGUGGUGCUGUAGCUGCCUCUGCAGGACCAUGUGAAUCGGCCGGGAGGAUUAAUAAGUACUUUCAGGAUGUUUCUGGUGAGUGGAGAGAUCCAUCUCCCUCACAGCAAACCGAGUCGGGUAUCAUGGAGCGCGAAAUGUUAUGUCUCCACAUAAUUGACGCUGUUUCUCGGAGAAAUGUUCAGUGGUUCGCUGGUGCCAAAGAUCUGGUUAUCAAACUGAGACAGUUGUGGAACAAUGCAGAUUUCAAAGGACGUUAUGUGGUUCAUGCGCCAUGCAAUAAAGACCUACUGGAACUGACGAUUAAACCGAUGACAGAGCACAAAUAUAAGGUUCCAAGACUCCUAGUGAACUGUUUCAUCCGACAUUACAGACACAACAGUAACGAUCUUGAUCUUCUCUGCGAUAUACUUUUCGUGUUCAUAGGGAGAUAUGUCACUGAUUUUUGUUUUGUUCGUGAAUUUCUCGAAAGGGAAGUGAUACCGGUAAGUACCCGUAGCAUCUUCGUAUAA